AUGGCUAUGAGCCUUUGGGGUUUUACCAGCACCAUAUGUCACCCUGUUCCAGCCACAGCAGGCUAUGCGGAACCAUUGGCAUGGUCACAUCACACUUGGCAUCUGUGUCAACACUCCAUCAGCAGGAAAUUUGAUCAAUUGGAAGGAGAAUAUACUUCUGAUGGAUGCUCAAAUGUGCCUGCAAUGUCAAUUCCAAUCCCUAGCAACAUUCCCGUUACGCCUACUGGUCACAUCACACCAAUGGACAAUCCUUACACCAAUGCAUAUGACACAACUUUCAGUGAACAAUUUGGAUUCCUUUGCACACCAAUUACAACAUUCCUACUUUGGAAUCAUCAACUCUCCCAGAUUGGCAGGCCUCUUGGUCACAACUUAAACCAUAUACAACUCUUAGUUUUGACUCUGUGGCAAAGUAUCUCUAGAAAUCCAAACCCAAGGCAACUAUCCAUGCUGUCUGAGCCAAGUCACCCAGGAACAAAUGCAAUUUCCCAACCGCAAGUGGGCUUAUAA